CGGGAUUUCUGCGCAGGCGCAGCGCGGGGCAGGCGCAGCGCGGGGCAGGCCCGGCGGGGUCCUUGGCGCGCGCAGGCGCAGAGCGGGGCAGGCGCUGGGCCGGAGCCGCCGCCGCGUCCGAGCCGCCGCCGAGGGCCCCCCCCGCCCCUCCCCCACCGCCCGCCAUGGCGGAGGAGCCGCCCGAGCUGCUGCAGGUGCUGGUGAAGACGCUGGACUCGCAAACCCGCAGCUUCGAGGUGGAGCCGGAGAUCUCGGUGCGGGAGUUCAAGGCGCGCAUCGCGGGCUCCGUGUCCAUCGCGGCCGAGAAGCAGCGGUUGAUUUACCAGGGCCGCGUCCUGCAGGACGAGCGGCGGCUGCGGGACUACAAUGUGGGGGGCAAGGUGAUCCACCUGGUGGAACGGGCCCCCCCCCAGGCCCAGUCCCCAAAUUCGGGGGGGCCCUCGGGGCUGGGGGCCUCCCCUCCCCCACACCCCCAGAACGGGGGGGGCCCCCGGGGGGGCCCCGAGAGGAACCCGAACAGCAGCUACGUCAUGGUGGGAACCUUCAACCUGCCGAUCGACGGCUCCUCUGUGGACGUUCACAUCAACAUGGACCAGGGCCCUGCCCAGAGCGAGCCCCGCAUGCGGCUGUUGGUGGCUCAGCACCUGCUGAGGGACAUCCAGGGGGUGCUGGCCCAGCUGGAGGGCUCGGGGGGUUCCCGCAGCCCCGCCCAGGCCGAGGCCCCGCCCCCUCCCCCCCCCUCCGCCCCCUCCCCCACCCGAGGAGCCGAUGGAGGCCUCGGCCCCCCCCGGCCCCCCCGAGACCCCCGAGGCUGCGCCGGGGCCUGAGGCCGCCAGCCCCCCGAGCCCGGCGGAGCUGGCCGAGGUGCUGGGGGAGCUGCGGCGCCUGGAGACGCGGCUGGAGCCCUUCCGGCAGCGCUAUCGCGACAUCCUGGCCACCGUCGCGACAGCCGACUACGGCA